AUGGCAGCAGCCCCACCAGCAGUGGCAGUGAACGGAGGAGGAAUGGCAGCAGCAAAGCUGGCAUCUCAGGCUUAUUUAGAGAGCAAAGCAGUUAAAGACACAAGGGUUUUAAUAGCUGAUCUUUGCAAACAAUUUUACACCCUUGGAUGGGUUUCUGGAACUGGUGGUAGCAUCACCAUCAAGGCCCAUGAUGACUCUAUCCCUAAGCGCCAACAGCUUAUCCUUAUGUCCCCUUCUGGAGUGCAGAAGGAGAGAAUGGAACCAGAGGACAUGUAUAUCUUAGCCACAAAUGGCUCUUUAUUGUCUUCGCCAUCUCCGAAACCUUACCCACACAAGCCUCCCAAAUGUUCUGACUGUGCUCCUCUUUUCUUGAAGGCAUAUGACAUGCGCAAUGCAGGGGCUGUCAUUCACAGUCAUGGGAUAGAAUCUUGUCUUGUAACAAUGAUCAAUCCGUUAUCAAAAGAGUUCCGUGUCACUCAUAUGGAGAUGAUAAAAGGAAUUCAAGGGCAUGGCUACUAUGAUGAACUUGUUGUCCCAAUAAUAGAGAACACAGCCUAUGAAAAUGAGCUUACAGAUUCUCUUGCUAAAGCUAUUGAAGCAUACCCAAAAACAACAGCUGUGCUUGUUCGCAACCAUGGUAUAUAUAUAUGGGGAGACUCAUGGAUCAGCGCCAAAACCCAGGCUGAAUGUUAUCACUAUCUGUUUGAUGCUGCUAUCAAACUUCAUCAAAUGGGCCUAGAUUGGUCUACUCCAAACCAUGGCCCAAUUCAAAAUGUCAAAGGAGCUCUUGGCUGUAAUAGAAACAUAAAAGCGGUGGUUCAGGCAGGCACAAACAAGUCAAAUAAUGGAAUCGAACUGUUGCCACGUUGCAUUGUUCUUGACAUUGAGGGAACUACUACUCCAAUAACAUUUGUUGCUGAUGUUCUGUUUCCAUAUGCCCGUGAUAAUGUUGGGAGGCAUCUGUCUGCAACAUACGAGACUGCAGAAACUCAAGAUGAUAUAAAGUUGUUGCGCUUGCAAGUUGAAGAUGACUUGGCACAAGGUGUUGGUGGUGCUAUUCCUAUUCCAACAGAUGAUGCUGGGAAAGAGGAGGUAAUUGCAGCUUUGGUUGCUAACGUGGAAGCAAUGAUAAAAGCAGAUCGAAAGAUCACUGCAUUAAAACAAUUGCAAGGUCAUAUUUGGAGAACUGGGUAUGAGAAUAAUGAACUGGAAGGAGUAGUGUAUGAUGAUGUUCCAGAAGCAUUGGAGAAGUGGCAUGCUUUGGGCAUAAAGGUGUAUAUAUAUUCUAGUGGAAGCAGGUUGGCACAAAGACUUAUAUUUGGAAAGACGAACUAUGGAGACUUGAGAAAAUAUUUGUCUGGAUUCUUUGACACCACAGUGGGAAAUAAAAAAGAAACACGCAGUUAUAUUGAAAUCUCAGAGUCAGUUGGAGUUGAUAAACCAUCUGACAUUUUAUUUGUGACAGAUGUCUUUCAAGAAGCCGUGGCUGCAAAAGCAGCAGGUUUGGAGGUGAUGAUUUCUAUCCGGCCAGGAAAUGCUCCUCUUCCAGAGAAUCAUGGUUUCAAGACAAUCACCUCUUUCUCUGAAACCUAA